UUCCGCCGUCCGAUUUUCGUUGCUGGCCAAUCUCGGGCCGCCCUCCGGCGAUUGGUUUUGGAGCGCAAACUUGGUCGUGACGGCGGCCGGUGCGGGAGAUACGCUGGAGGCGGAGCAUGGAGCAGCCAUGCAGGCAAAUCCUGAGACUGAGGUGACACGCAGUGAGGCGGAGACGGAGGAGAAGGAGGCGAAGGACAUGCCGCCGGAUGCCGCACCCACGGAAGCAGAGGUGAAAACCGCGGAAGCCGCCCCCGCCGCUUCAGAACCAGAUGUCCAGGGUGGAAACGUGGAGGUUGGCAAGGAUGAGAAAAAGAAGGAAGAGGAGAAACAGCCGGGGGCGGAGGAGAAGAUGGAGGAGGACAACCAGGAGCAGGAGAAGAAGCUUGAGGCGGAGAACGAGAAGGAGAAGAAGAUUGAGGAGGAGAACGUGGGGGAAGAGAAGGUUGAGGAGGAGAAGCAGGGAAAGGAGAAGGAGGAGGGGGAGAAGGCAGAGGAGGAGAAGAAGGCAGAGGAGAAGAAGAUGGUAGAGGAGGAGAAAAGGGUUGACGAGGAGAAGGUGGGGGAAGAGAAAGAAGAGAAGGAAGAGGAGGAGAAGGCAGAGGAGGAGAAGGCAGAGGAGGAGGGGAAGGUCGAGGAGGAGAAGGUGAAGGAAAAGAAGGUUGAGGAGAUGGUGGAGGAUCCGGCAGGAGAAGAGAUGCAGGAAGGGAAGGCGGAGCAGGAGAAGGCAGAUGAGCAGGAAUCGAAGGAAAAGACAGAAAGUAAAGCCGAGGAAGAUCCAUCGGAAAGCAUUAACCAAGGUGAGCUGAAGGAUGAGACAGUGAAGGGGGAUGAAGCAGAGAAGGAAGACCUGGAAGACCAACAAAAAGAGGAGGAGAACGCCGGAGCACGAGUCACAGAGAAGGCAGAUGCAGAGGAAAUGCCGACGGAGAAGGAGGCCGAAAAGGACAGCGAGCAAGAGAAGCAAGAUGCCACAGACAAGGCCGAAGAGCAGCCGGAGGCCUCCAGCUCCGAGGAUGCAGCCGAGGAGGUGACCUUGCAUUCUCCAAAGAUGCUGGAUGCAGAUAAGGCGAAGGAGCAAAUGCAGAAGUUGGCUGAGCUCGAAGCGGCUCUGGCACCCUUCGCCUCUCCAAAGGAGGAUCCGGGCCAAGAGCCCGAGAGCGAGAAAGCCCGCAGCCGAUCCAAGGCGAAAUCAAGCUCACUGCGCGACACAAGCCGCGACAAAAGCCGCGACCGACGCUCGCGCGACCAGCUCUUCGCUUCCCGCCAGCUGCCGGAGAAGGGUCAGGAGGCCCGGAAGGCGGCGGCGGAGUCCGCGAAGCGCCGGGAAGAGAAGGAGCGCGAAGGCCUGCGCGCCUGGCGCGACGGCGAUGAACGCCGCCGCAAGUCGCGGAAGCGCAGUCGCAGCCGCAGCAAGCGUCGGAAGAGCCGGAAGUCCUCGAACUCGAAGCGGCGGAAGCGCUCCGUCAGCCGGAAGUCGCCGAGCCGCCGGAAGUCCCCCGCCCGGCGGAAGUCCCCGAGCCGGAAGCGGAAGAGUCCGAGCCGAAAGCGGAAGUCUCCCGAGCGCGAGAGGCCGCGGGUGCGCAAGCGCUCAAGGUCCCGCAGGGAGCGCCGGCCGGAGGGCACGAGCAAGCGCAAGCACAGCUCCAGCAGCAAGGCCAAGUUCCGGCGCGCCAAGUCGCCGGUGCAGGCGUCGAGGCGCGCGCCCUCCUCCUCGAGCCCGCGGAAGGCGACGGCGAAGCCGAAGAGCGCCGCUGUGAAGAGCGGGCUGAGGAAAACAAUCACCAAGAAGGUGCCCGAGAAGAAGGCGGCGCCGCCCUCAUCAGAUUCCUCUACGUCUCCGGCAACGCGGCCAGUGCCGAAGAAAGCGGAGCCGGAGGCCAAGGGCAAGUCCAAGCCGCCCAAGGCCAGCACCGCCAAGGCCAAGGAGAAGCCCAAGCCGAAGCCGGAAAAGCCCAAGCCGAAGACGCCGGAGGUGGAGAAACCCAAGGAGAAGCCGAAGGAAAAGGCAAAGCCGGUAGAGAAGCCGAAGACCGUGGACAAGCCGAAAGCGGAGAAGCCGAAAGCGGAGAAGCCAAAGGAGCCGCCCAAGGACAAGAAACCUCCGCCCGAGGAGCCCAAGCCAAAGGCCGCGCCAAAAGCGGAGGAGAGGCCGAAGAAGAAGAAGCGCGCCGAGAAGAAGCCAGACGCCAUGGCACAGGUGAAGGCCAAGGCCAAGGCCUCCGCAAGCUUCGCCACGGCGAAGUCCAAGGCUUCGCCGAAGGCUUCGGCGGCUGUGCCGAAGGCGGCGCCGAAGGCGGCGCCGAAGGCGGCGGUGUCGGUGUCGGUGUCGGGGGCGGCGGAGAGCGACAGCGACGUGGAGAUUGUGGGGGCGGGCAUCAACUGGUCGCGGUCGGAGGUGCGGAAGGCACGGAAGGACCGGCAGCCGGAGGAGGUGCUGGCCGCGGCCUUGAUGGAGGUCCUGGGCCCCCGGCCUUCUGGCAGCGCCGAUUUGAGCGCCGCAGAGGCGGCGCUGCUGCGGCGCCAGCAGCAGCGCCGGGAGCGGAGCUGGGCGCAGCCGGUGGACGUCACGGCCCCUGCUCCUGAGCCGGAGGAGAAGGACCGAGAGGUGCUGGAGCAAAAGCUGAAGGUGACCCAGCGGCAGCUGCUGCAACUGCAGUUGGGGAUGAAGCAGCAGCAGCUGGAGCGGCUGAAAGCGCGGGUCAAGCGAGCGCCGCGGUAUCAGAGUGUGCAGGCCAAGGCCCGGCGUGCCGCACCGCCAAAGCCGGCGCCGGCCGCCGCGCCCGCGCCGGUGACGUCCGCGGCCUCCGCGCCCUCGGCCAACGCUUCCGCGGCCAAUGCGUCGCCGUUUAGUCCCAAGGACAAGCCGGAGAAACUUCGCGGGCCGCCUCCGAGCUUGAAGAAGAGUCUGGCAGACGCGUACUUCAACAAAAAGGCGGAGGUGGAUCGGCAGAAGGCGCUGCUCCUGGAGAAGCUCCGACAGCGCCAGGAGUUGCUGACAGCCAAGUCGGCAUCGCCCACUGUGGUUCCGGAUGCGCCCGAUGCGACGAAUGCGCCGAAUGCGCCGGAGCCCGCGCUGGAAGCGCAGGCUGCGUCUGCAGGCCGCGAGGACGCUAAAGUUUGAGAG